CAGGGCCAAGUGUUUUGGUCUAGCCACCGCCAUCUUAUGUUGGUGGCUCGACAAAACAUUGAAUGUUGAAACAUAACGAGGUGGACGAUAAAGACAACUACCAGUUAGUGUGAUUAAGGAACAAUCCUGUAAUCGUUUCAAGCAGAUCGGCAAGGGAUAUGAGCCUGGAAACGCUUUUGGAAGCGGCCGAAUUUUUGGAAUGGCGUAACCAUUCCAGAACACGUGUUGACUCAAGCCCCAGGGAUCCACAUGGUUAUUCUGUGUUAUCUACAAACGAUUCCGAUGGAUCACCCGAAUCUAGCAAUUCGGGAAAGUUAUCUGGGAACGAAGACGGCAAAGACAAGCGCCGAGCGGGCGGUGCUGGAACACGUGAAGUCCAUAAUAAGUUGGAAAAGAACAGGAGAGCUCACUUGAAGGAAUGCUUCGAGUUUCUGAAAAAUCAAAUCCCAACCCUUGAAGACAAGAGGACCUCCAAUUUGAGUAUUCUCAGAGGUUCACUUCGUUACAUACAGGCCCUCCGCAGGAAGGAGAAGGAAUAUGAACUGGAGAUGCAGCGCCUCGCAAGAGAAAAGAUCAGCCUCCAGGAGAGAAUGGCAAUGCUCAAGUCAGAACUUGUCAGGAUGAAUAUAGAGGUAGACAUCAACCAAUGGGCAGUUAUCCCUGAUGAUCAAGAUAGCAAUUCCACAUCCACAGCCACAGAGCAAGGUAGUCCAAUCUGCAGUGAGGAUGAAGACGAUGAUGAUAUGGCUCGCUCACUCAUCACUGUACAUGAGGUGAAGAUCAACAAGACUGUACAUAAGUCAUUGCCACACCCAGUCGUGAGCCAAGCCUCUAUGACAGUCCUCAAGGUCUCCAAUCCCAGCCCUGCUCCAACUCGUACCCUUGGCAACAACACUACCAGCAAAGUUCCCAUGACUACCUCACCGGUCUCCAUGCCGACCAUUCAGACAACUGGUAGUGUGAUCCAGCAGACACUGGCUGCAGCCGUACGCCCCCCAGUUACCCAGAUUCUGGCCAGACAGCUGCUUCAGCGACAACAGAGUGGUACAUCCCAAGGGGCAGUGCAUGUAUCUUCGACUGCGACCACAAGUGCUACUGGUGCUGGCAAGCUUCACCCGAAUCAGAUGAAAUCCAUUACCCAUAUGAGGGCACCACUGACUCUAGGUUCAUUUGGAGGUCCUGCUAAUGCUGCCCAGCUAGCUGCCCUGAACAAACUGGCUGGAACAGCAGCAUUGUCCAUACCCAUGUCCAGUGCUUCAGCCAACCUUACGCCCCUUACUAAGGCUUUGAACCAACCCAUAUUGAUGUCUCCCAGCUUACAACUCACCACCCCGAUGGUGACAUCAGUAACAACAGCCUCAUCCCAGAUCUCCUCUGCUACAACUACUGCAUCAGCAUCACUCAUGUCACUGGCGGCCAUGCAGAAUGGUUUGGCAACUUCAGUAGUGUCGCCAGUCACACAAUCCACGGUCAAUGCUGCUGCUAUUAACAGCAUUCGCCCAACCAUUAUUGGAGCAGGACCACACCAUGCAAUCAUGACUGCGCCGCUGGCGGCGUUGAUGCCACAGACAGUGCCAAGGACCACUAUUAGUGGCCUGUCGGGUAUAAGCAACAUGGUGGGCCACACAUCCAUGCAGCAACUCAUAUCAUUGGCUCAGAUGGGUCAGGCUGGUGGAGCACAUCUCGUGUCACCAAUGGUGAUGUCGCCAAGUGUCCAGCUAGCUGCAGCCAACUCGGGGCUGUCACAGUCGCAGAUCAGUAUGUUAGCUUCACAACCACUGCUACAACAAAUUCCCAUCUUCUCACCAGGCCUGCUCAAAGGGGGACAGAUGAUUGGUCAGCCUGUUGUCAAGCCCUUCGUAGUCGUCACGGUACCAAGUGUUGUGGCCACUACUUCGGCCCCCAGUAUUCCGACAACUACUGGCUCUUAGGGAGAUACUUACUUUGUAUAUAGAGGUGAUAUUUCAGCAAUAUUUGUAAGAUGUUCUGCUUCACUUAUAAAGUUUAAAGUACUUGGAACAAUAAAUAAAGUAUUGUUACUUUUUUGAAGAAGUUACUUAUGGAAUUCUAUUGACAAAUCCUGUAGCUAAAAUGAGAUUUUUAUGAUCCUUCUUUGAAAGUGCUUUGUAGUGCUUCAUUUGUGAUAAAAAGAAUCUCAGGCUUGUGUCUUUUAAUUCUAUUUCUUUGUUUUGUAUGGUGGGCCUCCUGUUAAUAUGCAGGAUGAAUGAACUUUUUUGUUGUCUAUUUUGUCCUUUGUUUUACAAUGACAAGUACAUUACUGAAAUCCCACAUUUGAUAUAAUAACACCAGAACCAGUGCAAUCCUGAACAUCCUGAAUAUUGCUGAAAUAUCAGACUCGUUUAUCGUCUGUGAUGACUACUUAUUCCCUUAGUAGUGCGUGAACUGGUGGAUUUACCAGUUGACAGUGUUUUAAUCAAGUGCUGUAUUUAAGUGACAAAUGUCCAGUGUAUACUCAUUGUUAAUCUAUGUAUAUAGAUAUAUUCCUGUAGAACGUUUCAUUGGAUGUUAGCUGUUAUGUGAUAGGGUGACUUAUAUGUUUACUGUGCAUUCAAGUGAGUGUAGUAAGGUUGUUAGAUUGUUAGUGAGUGUGUGAUUUGUAAUAUUGUAGCUGAGGAUACCAACUAGGGUAUAUAACAGUACAGGAUGGUCAGAAUGAAUAGGGAAGAUACAUUCCUCUAAAGGACCAGGCUGACAGAACACAGGCAAUAGUCAGUGAGACAAAACCUAGCUAUAGGUGGAGUCAUGUAGGUGGUAAACCAGUAACUAACUAAAGCCGACAGAACACAGGCAAUAGUCAGUGAGACAAAACCUAGCUAUAGGUGGAGUGAUGUUGGUGGUAAAUUUAAAACCAGUAACUAACUAAAGCCGACAGAACACAGGCAAUAGGCAGUGAAAUAAAACCUAGCUGUAGGUGGAGUCAUGUAGGUGGUAAACCAGUAACUAACUAAAGCCGACAGAACAUGGGCAAUAGUCAGUGAGACAAAACCUAGCUAUAGGUGGAGUGAUGUUGGUGGUAAAUUUAAAACCAGUAACUAACUAAAGCCGACAGAACACAGGCAAUAGUCAGUGAAAUAAAACCUAGCUGUAGGUGGAGUCAUGUAGGUGGUAAACCAGUAACAAAAGCCGACAGAACACGGGCAGUAGUCAGUGAGACGAAAAUCUUAAUCCCUUGAAGGGCUUCUAAGCUUUUAUCAUGGCACAGCAUGGGUGCUCGAUCUGUAAACUUUUUAUUCUGGAAUGCUAUAAUCCCAAAAAGCUAAAGUACUUUUGGCCUCAUAUAUGUUGUUUAGUAUUUUCUGGCUUGGAGAAUUCUCCAUUAUAACUUAAGAGUUUGGCCACAUUACAACAGAGAGAUAUGACUAAAUAUUUCUUAGCUUUGAAAAUUCAACCAUUCUGGUACAGAUGAACUAAUUUUAAUGUAAUUCCUAGCCUAAUUUUGGGAAAUAAGGAUGAGCUAAACUCAACUUAACCUAAUUUUCCAGGGGUCCCUGUGACAUCUUGUUUUGAAGUAAAGUUAGGGGAGAUUGUUAAUGAGUGUAAUUGUUUUAUGUUUACUUGUAUUUUUUUAUUGUGAAAAGUGCAUGUAUUUGUUAGAGUAAGGAUAUGUGCUAUAUGGUAUGUAUACUCACCUCUUAUAGAGGUCAUUCUGGUUGAUCAUCUCUUUGAUUUUCCAAAGAAGACACACUUAUUAACUCAAAAUGUUGACAUGGCCAGUGUUUGGAUGAAUAUACAUGUAUACAGUUUUCUGACUUAAACACCUUAGUUUUUGCAAGUCACUGACUUCAAAGUGUUGUUACCAAAUGUACAUCAAUUUUUUUAAAAAAAAAAAUUUCUUCUGAAUAAUACAACACAGAAAAAAUUUCAAAAAACUUGCCUAAAUAUAAAAAGUCUUAAGCCUACAAACUUUGAAAUGUCCAAAGGGAGGCCAGUCUUUGAAUCUUUUUAAGAAUUAUUUUUCCAACAGUGGUUGUGAGCUUCCAUUUUCAAACCAGGCACACUUUAAAAAUUGUGGCUUAAAAUCAGUUGACUGGACCAAAUAUGAUAUCAUAUAUACUGUUCUGUUACUGUUUUUGUUGAGAUUAUUAAGAUUGUUUUUAAUUUUAAUUUAGAUGUUAUAAUUAUAGGCAGUAUAUCUGAGAUAUGAUUCUUGAGAUCACAGAACGUUGGGCUUGACCUGUUAAGGGAAGGCUUGUAGAUCUAUUAUAUCAGUUAUUGUUAGGAGAGUGUGAAAUAUUACAGUUUAUUUUGUGAAUAUACUUCCAUCAAAACCUGGUGUAUAUGAGUUGAUGGAAACAAUUUAUAUGAUACCGGUGAAAAAAAGGUGGGUUUUGAAUAUAGACAACAGAAUGGUCAUGUUCUUCACUACACAACUUUCUGUAAUGGAUAGCAGGUGGACUUGAUGGAGUCCUAUAUAUGUUAAUAAUAUACAAAUGUUGGAUGCUGAAACUGAAACCAUCUUAAAGAUGCUACAUCACCAACAGCUUCUCACAAAAAAAUAUUAAAUGGGGAUUUAUCAAAAACUAAUAAAAUUUAAAUGCUGUAGAAUUACAUUUAAGUAACAUUGCCAGAUAAUAGUAAAAAAAAAACAACAGUGCCCCGAUAAUGAUUGUGAGUAAAACCAAUAAAACUAGAAGCUCAAACUUUUAAAGGGUAGUAAUUGUAUAAAGUAUGUAUUAUUUACAAAACAAUAUACUGGUACAACAGCCUAUACUUGUUUUCAAUCAAUGAUGGUAACUCUUUGUCAGAGAUGUAGCAGCAUUAACGCAUGAAACAUGGGCAUGGCACAGAUCCACAAAAAAAAAAUGCAUGUCCUUGUGCAGGAGAUAUCGGUGAAUUAAAUUAUGUAACGAGGAAUAUAUCUGUUUAACCUCGUCGUACACAUGUUACUUCUCCAAUUCAUUGUAGUCAAUGUAAUUUAUUAAUUUAUUAAAUUGUUUUAUCUCUGUAAUUAACAGUACAUAAAUUGUCAAAGAAAAAAGCUUUUUUUAUUAGAUAUCAUUUCAUGUUUGACAUGAUAUAUGAGAAAUAUAUGAUUAAUUACCAAAGAUGAUUUGUUUUGUAAAUUUUGUCUUUGUGAAUAAAUUUUCCCUCUUUA